AUGUGGGCAACGAUCCUGAAGGCCGCCGUCCUCGGCAGCUUGUUUGCCAAUGUCUUGGGAAUGAAGAUAUACUUCGACGAUGAUGACCACUUUUUCGAGCUCGAAAAGGACGACACGGCGUAUGAUAUCUCGGCAGCCGCAAAGGACAAGUCGACGUUCAGGAUCGAAGACAUGGAUGGCCGCACGCUCGUUCAGUUCCUGAACAAGAAAGACGCCAACAGCUGGAUUCAGUGGAAGAAGAAGUAUGAUGGGACGGAUGAAGCAUUCGAGACGAAUUCAGACGAGGAAGGUGAAGAUCUCGAAGAAGCAACGGACAUUCAGAAAGAGGCCAUUACGCCCAAGGCUAAUGGUAGAGCUCGCGUUCACACUUGGAAUGAGCAGUACAAUUUUGUUGUCAUGGCGGAGGUGGAGUUGGACUGA